AUGACUGAAGGUUUGUCAAGAGACCAAGUUUCUGUCUUCUUGAUGACAGGUUCCAGCUUGCCUUUACAGCUCCUGGUAUUUCUAAUGCUGCCUCAGACUGAAUGCAAGAGGAAUAAUCCUGCCUUGUGGAUUAUGGAUGAUCAGCUCUGGACGCAAUACCAGUAUUAUCAACCAGAGGAUAUGAUCAUUUGUGGGCUCACUUCUCAGUUCAUCUUGGUUUCUGACAGUGUAUCCUUCAAGGAACAUCCCAAAGGGAAUCCUUUUCAUGAACCUUUUGCUGUGACAAAGUCCUACCGGCAUCUUCUUUCCUUGGUAUUUGCUGUGAAAGAAAUUAAUGAGAACCCCAAGACCUUACCUAACAUAACAUUAGGGUUCCACAUCUAUGACAGCUACUUUGAUGCAAGGAUGACUUAUCAAAAUACUUUGAACCUCCUCUUUAAUCAAAAUAAGACCAUCCCUAACUACAACUGCGAUGUGUGGAAGAAUCUAAUAGCUGUCAUUGGGGGAUUGAACUCUGCAAUAUCCUCCCAUAUGGCCACUACUUUAGCCAUUUACAAGAUUCCACAGCUUCAUCGGUAUCUGAGGAGCAUCACUUUUAAUAACAGUGCUGGAGGCGAGGUGUCUCUUGAUGAGAAGGGUGAAAUGGUUGUUCCCCUUGCUGUGUGUAAUGAGAACUGUCUACCAGGUUACAGCAAGAAAAGGAAAGAAGGAGAACCGUUUUGCUGUUACGAUUGUGCUCCAUGCCCAGAAGGAAAGAUUUCAAACCAGAAAGAUAUGAAUUACUGUUUCAAAUGCCCAGAAGAUCAUUAUCCCAACAAGGAUCAAAAUGGAUGCCUUUUAAAGAAUCUCAAUGUUCUGUCUUUUGAUGAACCAUUGGGCAUAAGUUUGGCUGUUUCGGCUCUGUGUCUUUCUCUGACCACAGCUGUGGUGCUGGGAAUCUUCAUUAAGCACCAGAAUACACCCAUUGUCAGAGCCAACAAUCAGAAUCUCACCUACUCUCUGCUUUUCUCCAUCUCGCUCUGCUUCCUCUGCUCUUUGCUAUUCAUUGGCCAGCCUCACUUUCUGAUCUGCCUUCUACGACAAAUUGCUUUUGGCGUCAUUUUCUCAGUGGUUAUUUCAUGUGUCUUGGCAAAAACCAUCACUGUGGUUUUGGCUUUCAUGGCCACUAAACCGGGGUCAUGGAUGAGGAAAUGGGUGGGAGAAAGAGUUGCCAUCUCUAUUGUUCUUUGUCUAUCAUUCAUUCAAGUGAUUAUUUGCAUGACUUGGCUAUUUCUUGAUCCCCCAUACCCAGAUUUUGACACACACUCGCUAGCAAAAGAAAUUAUAGUACAAUGCAAUGAAGGAUCUGUUGGAAUGUUUUAUUAUGUUCUGGGCUACAUGGGGUUUCUUGCAAUUGUCAGCUUCAUUGUGGCUUUCUUUGCUAGAACACUGCCCAAUUCCUUUAAUGAAGCCAAAUUAAUCACUUUUAGUAUGCUGCUGUUUUGCAGUCUGUGGGCGUCAUUUGUCCCAACUUAUCUUAGUACCAAAGGAAAAUACAUGGUGGCUGUGGAGAUCUUCUCCAUCUUGGCUUCCAGUGCUGGAUUACUAGGCUUCAUCUUUUUCCCCAAAUGCUUUAUAAUGGUCCUAAGGCCUGAAUUAAACUGCAAGGCACAGCUAUCAAGGAAAAAAUCAAUCACAAUGUAA